GUCAUGUAGUGUAUGUGGACACCUGCUCGUCGAAAAUAUCAUUCCAAAAUCAUCAGCAUUAAUAUGGAGUUUCUCCCUCCUUUACUGCUAUAACAGCCUCCACUUUUCUGGGAGGGCUUUCCACUAGAUGUUGGAACAUUGCUGCAGGGACUUGCUUCCAUUCAACCACAAGAGCAUGCUGACACAGGAAAUGGCCACAAAGUUGGAAGCACAAUUGUCUGGAAUGUCAUUGCAUGCUGUAGCAUUAAGAUUUCCCUUCACUGGAACUAGGGGUCUAGCCUGAACCAUGAAAAACAGCCCCAGAUCAUUCUUCCUCCACCAAACUUUACAGUUGGCACUAUGCAUAGGGGCAGGUAGCGUUCUCCCGGCAUCUGCCAAACCCAGAUUUGUCUGUUGGACUGCCAGAUGGUGGAGAGCGUUUCAUCACUCCAGAGAACGCGCUUCCACUGCUGCAGAGUCCAGUGGCGGCGAGCUUUACACCACUCCAGCUUACGUUUGACAUUGCGCAUGGUGAUCUUACGCUUGUGUGGGCUGCUUGGCCAUGGAAACCCAUUUCACGAAGCUCCCGACAAAUAGUUAUUGUGCUGACGUUGCUUCCAGAGGCAGUUUGGAACUUGGUAGUGAGUGUUGCAACCAAGGACUGACGAUUUUACGGACUAUGCACUUCAGCGGUCCCGUUCUGUGAGCUUGUGUGUCCUACCACUUCACAGCUGAGUCGUUGUUUCUCCUAGACGUUUCCACUUCAUAAUAACAGCACUUACAGUUGACCACUGCAGCUCUAGCAGGGCAGACAUUUGAUUUACUGGCUUGUUGGCAAGGUGUCAUCUUAUGACGGUAACACGUUGAAAGUUACUGAGCUCUUCGGUAAGGCAAUUCUACAGACGAUAUUUGUCUAUGGAGAUUGCAUGGAUGUGUGCUCAAUUUUAUACACCUGUCAGCAACGGGUAUGGCUGAAAUAGCCACAUCUACACAUUUUAUGGGUGUCCACAUAUUUUUGUAUAUAUAGUUUACCUAAUUAGAUUUCAAACAUAAGUCUGACUAACUCAAUUUUCCCCGACAAGUACCCCUUGAAAUGUGUCUCUACUUCUGACAAAAUCAUGUUUAUUUGGUGAUGUGCGGCUAACUGGGAAACUCUUCAAGUAGCGCAACGCUCUACUCCAUUAUCUUAUAUACAGGCAGAGUAUCGAUAACUGGUCGCGCGAUUAACAACAAUGAAUCACCAGCAAUCGAUACUUGUAAAAAGGUCAAUUCUGAAAACGCUUACCUGUACCUAUGUUUGUCCUGUACAACUGCGGUCCUUCCGAGGGGUGCUGAAAUUCAUACUUUUAAUAAAAACGUAUCGAAUACAACCACCGACUUUGUCCUUGUUUGUGUUGCUCAACUUGAGACAUAGCGGCCUUGAUACACAACGUAAACGGAGAAUAAAUUGGCACAAACUAAUUUGGGUUGAGCAACGAAAGAAGAACAUUUGUGGUUGUAGUCGAUACAAGUUUUUUUUUUUAAAGUAUGAAUUUCCGCAGUUCUACUGGACAAACGUUGGUACAGGUAAGCGUUUUCAGAAUUAUUGACUGAUGGUGAUUCAAUGUUGUUGCUAGCAAAUCUCGCAACCAGUUAUCAAUACUAAAUUCUGCCUUGAUAUAAGAGAAACUGAGUUCAGCUUUACUCAGCUACUCUUCCAAUUAGCAUAAGGCAUGUACAUUAGCUUUUUUAAUUUGAUCUCACUUGACCGUGAUUGGUGUAUAUGAGCAAAAAAAACUUCCUUUUUUAAAAUGGAAAUUUUGGGUGCAUCUCAAUAAUCUAGAAUAGCUCUCUUUCCUUUAUCUGCACAAAGUAAAUCCACCUAUAUUGUUUUCACCAGCCCAAUAGAGUACCACAGUAUGACUCAUACCCAUAAAACCUAGCAGUCAAAUAAGGAAAUGGAUCUGACAUCCCAAGGGGUUCGUGCUGAUUGUACUGAGAUUGUGACAGCGGUUAAAUGGCGUCCCUUGAGAAAGCAAGAACAAGAUUGUGCCAUAGUGAUGAACCUGAGUGCUGUUGAUCGCUGUGCGUUUGUGAAGACCACCCAGGACUGCAGUAUGGAAGACAGCUUCUUCAACUACCUCAAGAUGACCUUCUGUCUACUACCACCCGACCUCACACCCCUCACCAUCACACUCUGUAUUAUUUGGUUGUUGUUCUUGUUCAUCGUUCUGGGACUGACUGCAUCGAAGUUCUUCUGUCCCAACCUCUCAGCCAUCUCUUCCACCCUUCGACUCACACACAACGUGGCUGGUGUUACGUUCCUGGCACUAGGUAACGGAGCCCCAGAUGUCUUCAGUGCCACAGUGGCCUUCUCCCGUCCACACACUGCUGGCCUGGCUAUAGGAGCACUGUUUGGAGCGGGUAUCUUCGUAACCACUGUGGUUGCCGGGGCUGUGUCAUUGGUCAAACCCUUCACUGUGGCGUCCCGCCCCUUCCUGCGUGAUGUCAUCUUCUACAUGGCUGCUGUCUUCUGGACCGUCGUCAUCCUCUACAGAGGAACUAUAUCACUGGGAGAGACACUGGGGUACCUGGGGCUGUAUGUGGUGUAUGUGAUAACAGUCAUCACGAGUGCCUACAUCUACAGUCAUCAGAAACACUCAGUGACCAGAAGUUCCAUCCAGAGCUCAACACAUGUACCAGAGUUCCAGUCGUCUGAGUCCGAUGAUGAAGCAAUUCUUAUAUCUAAUAGCAGCAUCCAGGAGGACUACGACAGUGAGUACUGUCCCCUGCUGCCCUACUGUGAAUCAACCAGUUCGAUCCUGUUGAGUUCUCUCAACCCGGUGGACAGCAGGAUCUGGAGGAGGAAGUCCUGGCGCUGGAGGGCCAUCAAAAUACUAAAGAUGCCACUGGAGGUGCUGCUGCUGCUGACUGUUCCAGUGGUGGAUCCUGAUAAAGAAGACAGGAACUGGAGAAGACCAUUAAACUGCCUCCACCUCAUCACCGCACCACUGGUGUGUGUGCUCACCUUCCGUUCUGGAGAGUACGGGAUGUAUCGGAUCGAGGAUCAGUUUCCUGUCUGGGCGUUGACGUUGCUUUUUGGCCUCUUCCUCUCCGCCAUAGUCUUCCUCACCACCACCAACAACCACCCCCCGCCAUACCACUCACUGUUCUCUCUGCUGGGCUUUGUGGUGAGUGCGAUAUGGAUCAGUGCUGUGGCCUUGGAGGUGGUCAGUAUCCUGCACAUGCUCGGUGUGGUCUUUAGUCUGUCCAACAAUUUACUGGGUCUCACACUGCUGGCCUGGGGAAACAGCAUAGGGGAUAGUUUUUCUGACGUCACCAUCGCUCGCCAGGGCUACCCUCAGAUGGCAAUAUCAGCCUGCUUUGGGGGAAUCAUCUUUAACAUGCUGAUUGGAGUGGGCAUUGGCUGUCUGAUGCAGAUGUUUAACAACGAGCCAGUGGUGACGUUUCCACAUGAUUGGACUGGUAUUACCCUAUCCCCCCCCACCCCCACCCCCCAGUUUGAACCAGCAGGUUUGUUGACCUGGGUUCUAGCAGGUUCUCUGGGUCUCUCUCUGGUCCUCUCCUUCAUCCUAGUUCCUCUGCGCUGUUUCCACAUGGGCCGGUCCCAUGGAAUCUUCCUCCUGCUCUUCUACACGGUCUUCCUCCUGGUUGCGCUGCUCACUGAAUUUGGCUUUAUCCACACCUGAAGCCAGUAAGGGAUGGUUUGGACCAGUCUGGUGGAGCCACCUGCGAUUACUGACAAGAUGGUCCGAGACCUGAAUGACUUAAAGCCAGUAACACAGGGCCUUAAUUGAGUUGGAGAAAAUCACCCUGUGGCUUUACUUUAGUCUGUUUGCACUGACUGUAUUUUUAUAUUUAGAUCAUUAUUAGCUGUUACUUGAGAACAGCUACUCUUCCUGGAGUCCACACAAAACAAUUAUACACACAUACAGAAACGACUGUAGGGACAAUUGUUUUUACAGGCAACAUACCGUGAAUCUUAUGUGAAAGCAGUAUAACGCUGUUUUAAAAGUUACCCAUAUACCAACAAGGAGAAGAAAUACAAGAAAAAAGCUGCAGUAGCACUAGGGAAUUCUCUCAUUUAAAUCAAUGUGAAUGCAGUGUCUCCUAUCUUAGCGAGACACACUGCUGUAUGUAAUGGUUGAUGUGAGUAAAUUGUCAAAUGUGCUCUAUGCAUUUAUGGCUUAGAAAUACCUAUAUAGUUCCAACUUCUGAAACAUGAAACAGCAGGGCGCAGCUGUUAAAAGGAUUUGAAGAUGGCCCUAAACAAGCUACUUUACAUAGUAGCUUCAAACACUGUUUAAGAAAUAGUUUUCUUUACUAUGACCGAUGUAUGAUAGAUAAAGAGGUAGUACAUUACUGCCCCUGAUAGAUAUUUGCACCUUUGGUAAAGGAUACUCUUAUGAGAACUUUGUCUGGGCUGUGUGUAUAUGUGUUAAAGGAACUGAGAUCCAGGUAUAUCACAAAUCCCUAAUGAACUCAGUAAAAAAAAAAAAUCUUAAUUGAAAAGAUCGUAUGCAGGGUUCAGUCUGGUUUUAGACAGGAGCACAGCACCACAACUGGCAAAGGACAUAAAUGCACUUAAACAGAGCAGCACAAUGUUGAUUUAUCAAAGGCAUUUGAUUCAGUUGACCAUGAAUUGUUGCGAGCUAGGCUCAGUAACAGGGCAGUAAACAGUUCCUAAACCAAUAUGUAUAUGCUGAUAAUCACAAGUCUAGUGUUCUUAAGAUUAAUAGAGGUGUGCCCCAGGGUUUCAUUUCAGCUCCCGUGUUCUCAAUUUUUAUUAGUGAUCUGGGAAAUGGGAUGCAACCAGUAAGGUUGCAUCUAUAUAUAGAUAAUACAGUAAUAUAUUCAUGUACUCCCUCUGGUUCAGGCUGUUGAAGAGCUCAAGACUGCUUUUCAGUCACCAUAGGCCUCCCUUUAUGGUCUCAAACUGGUCUUGAAUGUACAAAAAACUAAAUUCAUGACCUUUACCAGAGCUAGCACUCAGCCAGAGAAGGUUAGCAUUGUCUGGUGGCUUAUUGUUAUGAAUUUUAUGAUUGACUAAAUGAUGUAUACAUUUAGCAUAGAACUAUAACUAACAGAAUUCUACCCUGUCAUUGUAUGAUUGUAUGACAUUUAUUAGAAUCAUACAUCUAUAAAUCUGAUGUGUGUAGUUUGUCAGAAUUAAAGAGCAGGACUUUUUGUUCCUUUUUAGUAUGUAAGCAGGAUGCAAGUGUGAGACAAUGUAUGAGAUAAGAGGAGCUAUCGACAGACGAGCUGUACUACUGUGUUCCUUUCAGGACAUUCUAUCCCCACCCAUGGAGGGGAGACCUUGGCCUUGUAGUAGAUUGUAUAACAGGUGGCAGACAAUGUAUGAGAAGGAGAAGACUUGUGAACUAUAUUGUCAUUGUUUCUGAAAGGAGGGACAUUUAUGAUGAAAUGUGAGGUAUAUAGACCAAUGUAUAGGAAAUGAUAGGCAGAACAUUCCCGUAAAUAAACAUUUGACUUUUGUA